AUGGAUCCAGAGCCCGAAAAACGCGAAGACCCUCCAUCGAACUUCCUGUUCCCAGAUGAGGCUCUGGAAAAAGUGCUUUCAUUCAUAGACUCACAUAAAGACAGAAGCUCGGUCUCCCUCGUCCGCAAAGAUUGGUAUAACGCUGAGAGAUGGACAAGAUCCAAGAUUUUCAUUGGAAACUGCUAUUCGGUGUCUCCUGAUAUUGUGGCCCGAAGAUUUCCAAGAAUCAAGAGUGUCACGCUUAAGGGGAAGCCUCGAUUUUCGGACUUUAAUCUGUUGCCGCACGAUUGGGGUGCUAGCGUGCAUCCAUGGGUGGUCAUGUUUUCCAAAGUCUACCCUUUUCUGGAGGAGCUGAGACUUAAGAGGAUGAAUGUGACUGAUGAGAGCUUAGAGCUUUUGGCUAAAUCUUUUCCUUACUUCAAGGCUCUGUCUUUAACGAGCUGUGAAGGGUUCACUGAAAAUGGGCUCAAAGCCAUUGCUAGUAAUUGCAGGAACCUGACAGAGCUCAACAUCCAGGACAGCAUGACUGAGGAAGUGAGCGGAGACUGGCUGAGCUGCUUCCCGGAGAACUUCUCCUCCCUCGAGAUCCUUAACUUCGCCAGCCUCAGCGGUGAGGUCAGCUUUGAUGACCUGGACAGGCUCGUCGCCCGAUGCAAAUCCCUGAGAGUCCUGAAAGUCAACGAGACCGUCACAUUGGACCAGCUGCUGAGACUCCUCGUGCACGCUCCCGGGCUGACUGUACUGGGGACCGGCUCGUUCAUGCAGGAGCUCACGCCUCGUCAGUGUGAGGAAAUCGAGACAGCUUUCCUUAACUGUAAGAAUCUGCAGGUCCUAUCUGGACUGUGGGAAGCUAAUGCCCUCUAUCUGCCUCUGGUAUAUGGAGCCUGUGGUGGACUCACUUUCUUGGACCUCACGAAUGCCCCCAUCGAGAGUGCCGAAUUCGAGAAGCUUCUCUCUCACUGUCCUCACCUACGGCGCCUCUGGGUCGUGGACACGGUACGAGACGAAGGUCUCGAGGCCGUGGGCCCCAAUUGCCCGUUCCUCGAGGAGCUUCGUGUCCUCCCUUCAGACCCGUACAACCAAGACAACCUCGAAGGCGUAUCCGAAACGGGCCUUUUAGCUGUCUCCCGAACAUGCCCUCGACUCCACUACAUUCUCUACUUCUGCCACCGAAUGACAAAUGCUGCAGUUGUCUCAGCAGUCCGAAGCUGCCCGGGCUUCACGCACUUCCGCCUCUGCAUAAUGACCCCUCGUCAGCCCGAUUACGUGACGGGCCUCCCUAUGGACGAGGCCUUUGCAGCAGUCGCCAAGACCUGCACGGGCCUCAAGCGCCUCUCUGUUUCGGGCCUUUUGACCGAUAUGACCUUUGAGUAUAUUGGGAACUAUGCUAAGAAUUUGGAGACUUUGUCUGUGGCAUUUGCUGAUGGGACCGAUUGGGGAAUGCAGUGCGUGUUGGACGGGUGCCCGAGGCUGAGGAAGCUCGAGAUAAGGGAUAGUCAGUUUGGGAACACGGCCCUUUUGGCGGGCCGGGAGAUGUACGGGUCCAUGAGGUCUCUCUGGAUGUCGGGCUGCCUGGUCACGCUCGACGGGUGCCAGGCUCUGGCGGAUGCCAACCCGGGGCUUAACGUGGAGGUUAUUAUGGACGAGUAUGAGAUGGGUCACGCGGAGAAGGUUUAUGUUUACCGCACGGUGGCCGGGCCCAGAAAGGAUGCUCCGCCUUUCGUCCUCACAGUUUGA